GGCGAGCACCGCGCGUGCGCACGGGAAGGAGCGGCAAGGCGCCUCCGCGGUAAGGAAUGCGAGGCGAGUGUAACGCGCUUGCGCCGGCGGCGGCUCCCCGCGGGCCGGUAGCAGCGGCUGGGGCGCCACAGCCAGCGACACACUCUAAUCAAAGGGACGGUGAGAGGACAACAGAACAAAACCUAAAGAUCUUUCACACAAAGCAUAACUCCCAGCCCUCUCCUCCCCUCCAGUAACUAGAUUUCACAGAGGAGGUCGGAUUUCACAGUCUGUGAAGCAUUUUUCAUGGCUGGGAAAGGUCAAAACCAGGGAGCUGGACUGUUGGAUCUGUCAGAGAUGGGCAUUGGUAUGUACAAGUGUUGUGAUCAGCGUACUCCAGAAAAGAAGUAAUCCGAUACAGAAGAUCAAAACUUUUUAGAAAAACUGGAUGGCUUCUACAGUGAGUGUGAACUUGGAUAAAGACACGCUGUUGGUGGAUGGAACACCACCUCCGAAAAAGCCCAGAAAACUGUUGCCAAGCCUUAAAACCAAAAAGCCCCGGGAACUUGUUCUGGUAAUUGGGACAGGGAUCAGUGCAGCAGUAGCUCCUCAAGUCCCAGCACUGAAAUCUUGGAAAGGGUUAAUCCAGGCCCUGCUGGAUGCUGCUAUUGACUUCGAUCUCCUUGAAGAGGAUGAGAGCAGAAAGUUUCAGAAAUGUCUCCAGGAAGAUAAGAACCUUGUUCAUGUUGCCCAUGACCUUAUCCAGAAACUAUCUCCGCGCACUAGCAAUGUCCGCUCCACGUUUUUCAAAGACUGUUUAUACGAGGUGUUUGAUGACCUGGAGUCUAAAAUGGAAGAUUCUGGGAAACAGCUGCUUCAGUCUGUGCUUCGCUUAAUGGAAAAUGGAGCACUCGUAUUAACCACAAACUUUGAUAACCUGCUGGAACUGUAUGCAGCAGACCAAGGGAAACAGCUUGAAUCUCUCGACCUUACUGAUGAAAAAAAGGUGCUGGAGUGGGCGCAAGAAAAAAGGAAGCUCAGUGUCUUGCAUAUCCAUGGAGUUUACACAAACCCCUGUGGAAUAGUGCUUCAUCCAGCCGGGUAUCAGAAUGUCCUGCGCAAUACAGAGGUUAUGCGGGAGAUCCAGAAGCUGUAUGAAAACAAAUCAUUCUUGUUCCUGGGCUGUGGCUGGACUGUUGAUGACACCACGUUUCAGGCCCUUUUCCUAGAAGCUGUGAAGCACAAGUCAGACCUGGAACACUUCAUGCUUGUGCGGAGGGGAGAUGUGGAUGAGUUUAAGAAGCUCCGUGAAAACAUGCUGGAUAAAGGGAUUAAAGUCAUUUCAUAUGGAAACGAAUACACAGAUUUACCUGACUACUUUGAGAGGCUGACAAGUGAGAUCUCCACACGGGAUCGAACAGGUCUGCCCACUGAAGGACAGUUAAAUGGCUCUUCUACAGCCCAGGCUGAAAUAAAAGGGCAGCGCUCCGGUAGCAUAUGUCCAGAGGGGGGAAUCCCUCUCCCAGAGGUGCUAAGGGUAGCUGCUGCUUGUGCGUGGAGGAACAAGUAGUGGCAGCUUUGCAAUAUGCCAGCAGUGCUGGAUCUGAAGACACUACUUCACAGCCAUCCAUCCGUGUUCCUCACCUGGCUGACUCUGGAGGGAUGGAAUCGAAAGCAGCUUUCACUGAAGGUUCGCCAGGGCCACAGAUUAGGUGCAAGCAGCCUUUAAACUGCUUUUUGGUCACAAAUUAACACUUACACAGGAGGGAGCAUAGGCUACUCUUCUUCUUCCAGGGGCUACAGCUGAUCACCGGUACUGGUAGGAUCAAAAUUAGAAUCAAAACUUGGGGGUGCUGUGAGCCGUUUAAUUAGGAUGAGUGAAAUACUGCCCUAGACCUGUUGGAAAGGAUAUUUUAACUUUACACAGGGUGCAGCACCUGAGCAUCUACCCCUGCAGCUCAACUGAUUGUGCUACUGGUUAAUCUGAGUUAAAGACCCUGGCACCUACGGCAGAGGUCUGUGAACCUCAGUCAGUUUACAGGGAAAAUGAAGACUCUCACCUUUUCCGUGCCCGGUUCUUAAGCAACUGGGAUUCAGCAGGGAUCAUGCCAUUCUAAAACCAGCUAGAAACUAAGGCUUCAGAGUCCCAGUUGGAAGGUCCUGGCUGUUGAAGACUACUUGUAGUUUACACAGCGGCUGUGCUAUCCUCUGUCUCUCAAGGUUGCAGUGUUUGCAAGGAGAGUUUCUCUCCAUCUGAACAGCAGCGGCCUCGGCAGUUUCAUGCCUUGUACUUUUGUAUUCUGUACAUUUCAAUGAAAUGAAACUUGAGCCGGUUUUAUUACUUGAAGCUCUAGGUUUCUAGUCCUUUCUUUACACUGUACAGUAUUUUGUAUGUUGAAGGUGUAUUAAAAGCCUGCUUCGCACUUA